CUGUUUCUUUUUGUCGGUCCGUUGGCGUUCGGGUCAAAUAUAACGACCCGUGCGGAACCAGUUUGCCGGCUGUUGUCGGGUUUUGCCGGGUCGAUGACACCACGACUGGCCUUUAUAACCUCCUCCUGCUGGAAAAAUGUCAAAUUCUGCGAGUCUCGAUAAUGCCAAAACUAUACAAGCACUUCUCGUUCAACUUGGACAAUCUCAGGCCUGGAAAGAGGCCCAGAACGAACAGCUCCAGGGAUCAACUCUUAUCCCAGAGAAUGAAGCUGCAAGUGCAAGUGCAAAUACAUCUGUCGCGUCUCUCCUCUCUCAAUUACAGACGCAAACUGGAGACCAGACGACGCUAUAUCACCAUUCGAACACAGAAGCGAGUUUACAGGAACAGCCAAGGUACCCCAACCCCAUACCGAUACCUGAUUCUCAUGCCAUACACGCGCCGAAGUUGAGGUCAGGAAGCCUAAACAUUGAUAGCGAUUUGGAUGGGGCCAACUACAACCGAAGCUCGGACCUUCGUCAUUACAGUUUCCUACAAUCGCUUCCCAUACUUGCGGAACUCGCAAACAGGAGAGAAUGUGUUGAUCAACUGAUUGUUAUGAAGAAACAACAAGAUACACUCGAACGUCAACUCCUCGAAGAGAGGAUUUCUAUAAAGAAGAAACACGAGCAAAAGGUCAAGGAUGCCUUGUUCAAGGCGCGUUUAGUUGGCUCAGGGUUGUCUCCCCAUGAGGCCAGGAUGCUCAACGAUGGAUACAGGGAUGAGUUGAAGAAGUUUGAUGGCGAAAGAGCUAUCUCCGCCUGGGAGGACCUUGUUGCAGAACAACAAGAAAGCCUGUCGUCGUUGGGAAUUCCUGCCAUGUUCUUGACCCAUGUGGGAUCGGAGAGGGAGGCACAACGAAAAGUUGUCCAUGUAUUGGAGGGCUUGAUAGGUAACGCUCCGUAAUUGUAGGUUGCAGUUAAAUUACGCUUCCCCACACCCUGGGCACUGUAAUCGGGGUAGAAGGGUCGCAAAUCUGCUGAUGUCGCUUUCUCGGUGGAGUGGCGCUUUGUGACCAGAGCUUGAAAUGCCGAUAUGCCUAUUUAGUAGUGGACACCUAUGGCCUCACCACAUAAAACUUGACGCA